CACGGUCCAGAUGGGUGAGUCCUGGGACUGGAAACCGGACGGCGGGAUUCCUAUUCUAAGUCAUGCUAAGGAGUACAUCGGGAGCAGUAGGAUCCUCCCACCAUCACUGAUGCGUGGUGCUUUUUUUCAAGGAGAUGCUAGCGACGAUCGCCUCUAUGCUUUCGGUGGUACGGCCUACUACGGUAACACCAGCUUCCCGGGAUGGGUUGAUAUGCCCGAUGCACCACCACUAUGGGUUUUCAACACCCACAACAACACUUGGAUUGAGCAGAAUACCAGUAUUCCUUUGCAGAGGCCGAACAAUGGAGCUGCGGCGGAUGCGCUUGAAGCAGGCCUAUCGUUUUACCUGAACGGGCAAUCGGAUAACACUACUCAAUCCAAGAACACCCCGAAUCGAAAUGGCACUUCCAUUAUGGACGGCCUCUUGGUAUUCGAUCAUCGGAAUAUGUCAUCGGUGAGGAACGUUUCCACCGAAUUUGAGGGUGGCAGGUUUCCCAGGAUUGGAGGGACGAUGAACUACAUCUCACGUUUCGGACAUGAGGGUAUCCUAGUGUCGCUCGGUGGAUUGUGGGCAAACAAGACGGCGAAACCAACUCUGGAGAUGGUCGGUUGAUUGAGAAGUUGUUCUCGAUGCCCGAAGCUAACAAAGUAAAG